UCAAAAACCUAAGCACGCCCCUGCGUCGCCUUCGCAGUUCGCACACCUCUCCUGUGAUGCUCUCUCUGUCGCUUCUCCUUCGUCUCUCACUUCUCCCACUCACUCACAGUGAAAACCAACCAUAUAUUUAGUGCUCGAUUUGCUCGGCGGCUUUGUGUUUUUAGCCAGAGAAAUGCUGGAGGCUUACAAGAACAGCUCAAUCGACUGGAAGCCGUCUCCGGUGGUUGCCCUAGCCACCAGUUCCGACGACUCCCAGGUCGCUGCGGCUCGCGAGGAUGGCUCGCUCGAGAUUUGGCUCGUCUCUCCCGGCUCCGUCGGCUGGCACUGUCAGCUGACGAUCCAUGGAGACCCUAAUUCAAGGGUUUCGUCGCUCGUGUGGUGUCGAGCUGGUUCAAAAGGCUUGCCUUGUGGUCGGUUAUUCUCGUCUAGCAUCGACGGGUCGGUUUCGGAGUGGGAUCUUUUUGACUUGAAGCAGAAGACUGUAUUAGAGUCAAUUGGGGUCUCAAUCUGGCAGAUGGCUGUAGCCCCCUCUAAUGACCAUUUGCUUGAUACAAAGCCUAAGUCUGAGCAUAUUGGAAAUGGGUAUUUAAAUGGCAAACUAAACAUGGAUGAUCACGAAACCAGUGACAGUGAAGAUGAUUCUGACUCAGUUGAACUUCAUGAGCUAGCUGUUAGUGAGCUACCGCUUGUGGCAAUUGGUUGUGAUGAUGGUUGUGUGCGAAUAUACAGUAUCUCUGACUCUGAUGAAUUUAUUUACACAAGAUCAUUGCCUAGGGUCAGUGGGCGUGUUUUAAGUGUGACCUGGAGUCCUGAUGCGAGUAUGAUAUUUGCAGGGAGUAGUGAUGGGUUUAUAAGAUGCUGGGAUGCUAAAUUUGGUCAUGAGGUCUACAGGAUUACAGUUGGACUUGGAGGUUCAGGUAGUGGACCUGAUCUUUGUGUAUGGUCCUUACUCUCUCUGAGGUGUGGGACCCUUGUUAGUGCGGACAGUACUGGUAGUGUCCAGUUUUGGGACAGUCAGCAUGGGACUCUUUUGCAGGCGCAUUCUCUUCACAAAGGUGACGUAUUAGCUCUGGCAGCAGCUCCCAGCCAUAACAGGGUGUUCUCUGCUGGUUCUGAUGGUCAGGUUAUUCUUUAUAAGCUGUCUAGCGAAACAGUUGGACCUACUGAUGACAAGGCUUCUUCUAUAGUGAUGAAGAAAUGGAUCUAUGUUGGUUAUGUGAGAGCCCAUACACAUGAUGUCAGGGCUUUGACAUUGGCUGUUCCAAUCAGCAGGGAAGAUCCAUUGCCGGAUGAAAAGGUAAAAAGAAUUCGAUGCAAGGAGAAGCCCAUUGAAUUUAGUUACCAUAAGUGGGCCCACAUGGGAGUUCCAAUGCUCAUCUCAGCAGGUGACGACACAAAGCUUUUUGCAUACUCUGUGAAGGAAUUCAGCAAGUUCUCUCCUCAUGAUAUCUGCCCUGCACCUCAGAGGGUACCCAUUCAACUGGUGCAUAAUACGGUUUUCAAUCAAACACCAUUGCUUCUAGUCCAGGCUUCCCAUUGGUUAGAUGUUCUGUGUGUACGCACAAAGGGUGUUGCCUUUUCUGACAUGGCAUGUGGUCCUUCUGGUGGCCAUGCCGUGACAGAUCUGCUUGCUCGAAUUAAGACUAAGGCAUCUCGGAGGAUCAUUUGCAGUUCUAUUUCUAAUUCAGGGGCACUUUUUGCAUAUUCUGAUCAUGUGAGACCCAGCCUAUUUGAGUUGAAGAUGCGUGGAGUUGGGAAAAAUACAUGGACUGUUAAUAAAAGGCAACUUCCUCCAAAACUACCAUUUGCCCAUUCAAUGGUUUUUAGUUUUGAUUCUUCUCGUUUGAUGAUAGCUGGGCAUGAUAGAAAGAUAUAUGUUGUGGAUGUGGGCAGCUCACAACUAGUACAUACCUUCACACCAUGCCGCGAGUUGCAUGAUGAACAACUACCACCUUGUGAGCCUCCUAUUACAAGAAUGUUUACAAGUUCUGAUGGCCAGUGGCUAGCUGCUGUCAACUGCUUUGGAGAUGUUUAUGUAUUUAAUCUGGAGAUUUUAAGGCAGCACUGGUUUAUUUCAAGAUUGGAUGGUGCCUCUGUUACAGCUGGUGGUUUUCCUCCAAGGAACAACAAUGUGCUUAUUAUUACAACCUCUUCAAAUCAGGUCUAUGCAUUUGAUGUGGAGGCCAGGCAAUUGGGGGAGUGGUCAAUGCAGCAUACAUUUAUUCUGCCGAGAAGAUACCAAGAAUUCCCUGGGGAAGUCAUUGGACUUUCUUUCUUGCCCUCGUCAAAUUCAUCAUCUGUUAUAGUUUACAGUGCCAGGGCUAUGUGCUUGAUUGACUUCGGGAUGCCAGUAGAUCGAGAUGAAAGUGAGUUGGUAAAUGGUCAGGAUACAGCACUGAGGAAUUUACAAAGUACUCCAAUUAAAGGGAGACUGAAACGAAUAUUGAGAGAUGGUCAAACAGAGACUAAACUCAAUGGUAGAAAAAAUUUUGAGUUUUUUUCUUUCAGAAACCCUGUUUUAUUUAUUGGACAUCUUUCCAAAAAUUCCCUGUUGAUCAUAGACAAACCAUGGUUGGAAGUGGUUAAAACUUUCGACACGGCACCUGUUCACAGACAUAUAUUUGGGACAUAAUUGCUUGUCAGAAGGGUUUGUUGACAGCCUUUUGGAGGGAAAGUUCAAGUCACCGAGGGUCUAAAGCAUGUUUUGUAUUGUAUUAUGCCCCGAAUAAUUUUGUUAACCUGUUAAAGUAGUUAUUAAUUCAUUUUAAUAUAUUAGAUCAUUCCCAA